GGUCCGAUCGGGCCGGCCUAUUGCGGCAGUUCACGUAACACCUCCCACGAUAGCCUCUCAGUUGCGGCGAUGAUGCCAAUUACGCGGUGAAUCUUACCGUGUCAGAUCGGAUCGUUGGGACCUGAAGCAUGACACCCUGGUGCGAGCGCCCAAGCCAGAGCCAGAACCGCUUGUUCCCAGGCCUUGGGAUCUAAACCUCCGCCGCACGACGCACCUACCUACUACUCCAUGCCGACGAAGAAGGGCCAGGGCGCGACGAGCAUCUUCCGCCAGUCUCUGUUCCCACAGCAGCAGAAACUCGCGGGGCUGCUCGUGACCGACGAGCUCGAGAAAGCGCUGUUGGAGUGCAAGACACGCGUGGAGAGGAUUGCGCGGGACUGCCGGGCGCAAAAUCGGCGGUUUCGCGACAUUGAGUUCGAUCUCGAGAACGACAAAGAUCGAUGUCUGUUCGGGCUGUCCACGGAAAAUCGGCGUUUCAAGCCCUCCGAUGUCCAGCGCGUGCACCAGAUCUUCCCCGCGCCGUCGUUCUACAUCGAUGGCGCGCACUCGGGGGACAUUGUGCAGGGCCGGAUGGGUGACUGCUGGGUCCUCUCCGCGCUAUCGACGGCGAGCACGGCCGAGGGUCUGGUCGAGCGGUUCUGCGUCGCGCGGGACGAGCGGGUCGGCGUGUACGGGUUCGUGUUCUUCCGGGAUACGCGCUGGGUCGUCGUCAUCAUAGACGAUCUGUUGUACACGGCGAUACCCAAGUUUGAGGAGCUCAAUAACGCCGAACAGACGCUGUACCAUAAUGAUAAGAAGCUGUACGAAACCUCGGCUCGCAAGGGGGGGAAGACGCUGUACUUCGCGCGCUCGGGUACAGAGAAUGAGACAUGGGUGCCGUUGGUGGAAAAGGCUUAUGCCAAAUUGCACGGUGAUUACCUGUCCAUCGACGGAGGCUUCUCCUGCGACGCCAUUGAGGAUCUGACUGGGUAAUAAACCCAAAUGCUAGCUUUCUCCUCAAAUCUUACUCAUACUGACAGCGGUGUCUCCACUUUGUUCCGGA